AUGCCAGCAACAAACGCGGAUAUUGAAAAAGAAAAUAUAAAUGGAUGUAAAAUUUACAUCCUUCAACUCUUUAAGCUCGCUACUUUCAAUCAAAAUGAGGAAAUCGAUGAUGGUAUCCAAGCAAAUGCAAAUAUAAUUGAAUCCGAUGAUGCAAAAACAGCUCAACAGAUAGAAAAACAACAAAUAAAUAAAUGUUUUAAGAAUAUUCUUAAAUAUCCAUUAAACUAUGAAGAAAGCGAUGACCAAUCGUAUAAUGCAAUCGAAAAGGAUCAAGGAAAUGAAAAUCAAGUUUUGGACCCUAAUUUUCAGGAGCAAUUGAACACAUCAGAAAUAACGAUUGAAGAAAGUGUAGCUCAAAGCUCUAGCUUUGAUAUAGAUGAAGACAAUGCAAUUAAAGGAUCAAACCUUUCAGACGAUACAGGCGCAUUUGUUUCUGACCCAUCUAAUGCAAACGAAAAAAGUCAAGAGAACGAAGCACAAGUUUUGAAAUCUAAAGAAUCAUUACAAUAUGAUAACUCACUAUCUGAUGAGUAUUCAGAUUCGGCCGAAGAAGCUGAAGAACAAAGAUUUGACACAUUAACUUCAAUUUUGACGAAAAGUGACUCUAUCAAUGCUUCAAAUAAAAUUAAGAAAAAUAAAACAAAAACUAAUAAGGUUAAUUAUGAUCAUGUUGACGAUUCCAUAGAGCGCAUUUCUUCAGGUUUGACAGAUAAUUCUUUACCAAGCAUUAGCGAAAUAUUGACACCUCUAAUUCGAAAUGAUAGUUCUAGUAGAAACACAACCCUUUCUCACUCUAAUAAUGUCGAAAAGGAUAGUGAUAGGAAUGAUGUGCAAGCAAUUUCGUCAAUUAUCAACAGUCAAAAAAAUCUACCAUCAAAUAAUAAUCAGUGUAAGCCUGAAACGGAAAUUGAAAAAGCAUCUUCGUACUUAGUACCAAUUGUUUUAGUAGAUAAUACCUCAUAUAAAAUUCCGCAUAACGUCAUAGAUUGUGAAAGUUCAACUGGGAAAGUCACUGUUGGGAGUAAAGAUUUAAAAAGAAAACGACACCAUUCUUCUUCAGAAUCCGAUUAUGUUUCAGAAAGUUCAACUAAACGCGUACAACAUAUUCCUUCAGAAUCUGAUUCUAACAAAAAUUCUACUGAAGUCACUGUUAGUAAAACUGAAAACAAUAAGGCCAAGAUUCUUAAAGAAAAAUUCGAUAAUAUUAUGAAACAUCAAUUAAUAAUAUAUAAAGACCAACUCUUCUCAACAAACACUUCGAUAGAAAAUUUUUUUACCACAAAUUUCGAUGAUCUUUUUGAUUUUGAUGAUAAUAGCAUUCAUUUAUCAAUCAAAACUAUCACUACUUAUUUGUCGAAGAAUGAAUCACUGAAUCUUUAUUUUCAAGGGUGGAAGACACAAUAUGAUAAACUUAAUUCAACAAGGUGUAAAGUUGAAUUGAAUUUGUUGAAAUUGCUAUACAAACUCCGAGAACCUUAUUUAUCACUAAUGGUAGAUGAAUACAAAAAUUCGAUAAAAAUAUCUCCUAGUCAUAAAACUUUACGCAAGCAUGUGUGCGAUAAAAUGAAAUCGAUGUUAAACAUAGAAGUAAGGCAAGAAUUAAGGUACUGGAUUGGCACCUGGAGACUGGUUGAAUUGUUUCAUAUAACUCGUUGCCCAGCAAAUAUCCUUGUUGAAUCUGGUCUCACUUCAAGAUAUUUAAUGAGAACUAAAAAUACUAAAUAUGAUCGAUUUCUCAAAGAUCUCUUAAAUGAUGACAAUGCUUAUCAUAAGACUCCCGAAUUCAAUGAGAUUUUAUUGCAAAAGGUUAAAAUACCUAUGGAUCGGUGA